AUGGACCCGUUGAUUGCAUCCGAGAGUGCAACUUCACAGGCUACUGAGAAUGGCCGCAGCGCUGAAACUAACAAGACGCCUGAGCAGGUUCAAGAGGAGAACAAGUUCCAGAAAGCUAUUGCAGUAUGGCGAGGAAUUGAUCUUGCAAAUUUGAUUGCCAAACACGAUACGACGGCCUCCGAUAUCGUGUCACAUCAGAGAGACUCCCUUGUCCAAAGGAAAGACCUAGCGCAGAAGACUAAGGAUUUCAGGAAGCUUGAUGAUGCCUCGAAACUGUCAGAGUAUAAAGGGCUGUUAAAAUCAUACCAGGCUUUUAUAGAUCUCCUCACGAACCAGGGGAAGGUGGCCUCAUCUUCUUUCUUACAAUUCUAUACUGCGUUAUCAGAAGCUCCAGAUCCUUACCCUUUGCUCGAGGCCUCGAUCGAUUCUCUCGUUUUAUCCGAAGAUACAGUCCCCAAGUUGAAUGCUGAGAAGGACUUUUUGCAGAACAGCGUCAACCGUUUAACGUACCAGCUCGAAGAAACUGAGAAGCGGCUUGCUGAAGAACGUGCAGCACGGCUAAAGCUAGAAGAGAACCAGGAUAAGAAGAUCCAAGAAGUUGAAGCGUCGUGGAAAGCUGUGCUGGCAGAAAAGACGAGUAACUGGGAGGCAAAGGAGAAGGCAUUCGAAGAAAAGGCCGAGAAUCACGACCGUUUGCUCAAAGAGCUCAAAGCUAGCUAUGAAGUCUCCCAGCGGCUGGACCGCAGCGAGAAUGCCGAAGGCGACACGCGCAGUGCGGCAACUGCAGCGGAGCUUGAAAUAGUCGCUUCAGAUCUAGAAAGGACAAGCAUUCGUCUAGCUGAGGUCGAGGCUCGCAAUGAGCAGCUUAGUCUCGAGCUAGCUCAAGCUGCUUCUCAGUCUCAAUCCGAGCAAAGCUCCCGGCCCGUGGAAGAAGAACCUCAAUACCUACGGUUGCAAACUGAGAAUUCUUCGCUAAUGCGGAAACUCGAGGCUGCUCGCUUUGAUAAGGAUGCGGAGAGAAAUACCUGGGAAGGAAAGCUCCGCCAAUGUGAACGAGCUAGCACAAAGAUUACGCUAGAGCGAGAUGAACUCCGCGAAAAGCUUACGAAAGUUGCAGAUUACGAUGAUAUCAAGCGUGAGUUGGAGGUCAUCAAGUCUAUUGAAUUCUCAACUGGAGAUGAUGAACCUGAUACUUCCGUUGAUGAUCCCAAGCCCUCAAACUCCAAGGAGAAUAAUCUAGAACAACUGCUUCUAGCACGCAACAAGAAACUAUCGAAUGAGCUCACGAUCUUGCGAGUAUCUCACCAGGACUUAGAAGGCCAACUAGUAGCCCUCCGAGAAGAGCUCUCACGAACUAAUUCGGAAUUGGACAAGUCAAGAAAGCUGGCUACUAAACUGGAAAACGACCUACUGCACAUCCAGCGUGAAGCAACAAACUCCUCUGCUAUGUCGGUGGCGGGAACAUAUGUGUCAAGAUACCCUCACGGCUCCCGUAGAGGACGAGUAUCCCCCACCUCUUCCAUCAUCUCUGGCUUCGAUAACGCCAUGUCCCCUACCACCAUGGAAGCAAUUCGGGCAGGUGAGCCUGUUGGAGGCGGCUCCGGCAUACUUCCAAUGGUCCAAGCACAGCGUGAUCGUUUCAAGCAGAAGAACAGCGAGUUGGAAGAGGAGCUUUCAAAGACUUAUGGUAUCGUUAAAUCGCUGCGGGCAGAAGUCGCAUCCUUACAGAAAGAUAAUCUCGGCCUUUACGAGAAAACCCGGUAUGUGUCGACAUACAAUAGGGGGCAGGCGUCAACCUCCUCAACUGCAACACCAUAUUCAAAUAGGCCAAAUGCAACGGCGAUCCAAGUCGAUCCUGAUACCCCCUCUGGCCUGUCACUUGAUAGAUACCAGUCAGCAUACGAGGCUCAGAUAUCCCCCUUCGCCGCUUUUAGAGGCCGUGAGUCCGCUCGUGCAUACAAGCGCAUGAGUGUCCCUGAGCGGAUUAUUUUCUCAAUCACCAGGAUGGUUCUUGCCAACAGGACAAGCAGGAAUCUAUUUGCAGCUUACUGUCUCGCUCUGCACAUCUUCUUAUUCAUAAUGUUGUAUUCUAUGAGCACGACUGGUAUCGAGAAGCAUGCUGGCAUCAUGCUUGAUCAUGGCGCAGGUCAAAAUCUCGGGGCAGCUGGUGGAGGCCCUCUUGAUCCUAUGGACUAA